GGACAAAGGACAUUUCGGUAUCGUAGCAAACAAAUCCAGUGGCCGAAAGAACCAUCCCGAAUCGAACGGACCGUGUGCGAAAAGUUAUUGUUUAAAGAUCCUUGCUCGUCGUAAGCUUAUCGUGGUUUAUCACACAGCUUUCCGGUGCUUAUUGCAAUUCGUUUUUUUUAUUGUUUAAUGUGCAAAGCAAAGAUUGCAAUCGUCGUGAUGUUUUGAUGGAGUCGACGCCGUAUCAAAAUAUCAAAGCUAUAAUUAUCACCGUUUACUGUGAAACUAUUCGUUGCAACGCUGGAUCCAAGCAAGGCCAUGAUAGCGGAACGGGCGGUUUCAUCGAACGCAAUUGAAAGGGGAAAGGUUUCAAUCUCAAUCGCAUGGCAGUAGGCGAUCGAAUAGAAAAACAAGCCAGAGCUGAGCGUAUAACGUGCGAUUGUUCCACAACCCACAAACAUUCCAUUGUUUUUGGUGAUGAAAAGGUAAAACAAUCGCCAUUGGUGCGCUGAGGCCAUUUCGUUACUGCGCAAAACCACGAACAAGAUUCCCCAAGUUACAGUGAUAAUUGUGUCUAUUGUUAACUAAUUUGAACCAUGGUACCAAGAACCUUCAGUGGGCAAAAAAAUCUUGAAAGCUGAAAAACGGUACUAUACUCGUCCGCGGUUCUCACCUAAUCAACAACACUGUGAGAGCUGUCGAAGGAUCUUAGUCAUAUUCGGUGUCAAUAAAUGGAGAAACCUACGGAUGAAAGAAGAACCUGUAGCAGUUGUACGUACUGAUACAAAGAACCGCACAAUGGUGCACAGUGGUGCGUUGGUAUCGCACUCUCUGUUGCGACCUUCAUCUUCCGCUGCUGUUGUCGCCGUGCCCUUCGCCCCGAUCGUACUACUAUUAUCGUCACUAUCAGGACCUAGCAGCGAUCCACUAGCAGCCGCAGCCACCGUUCCGUUCCUCUUAAACGUGGCGUCCUGUGAAUGCGAUCGUCCUUUAACAUUGGGAUCGGCUAAUAGUGUAUCGUCGUUGUCAUCGUCCAUAGCGUUAGCGUACCAAACGUCAAUUCCGGUUGUGUUGAAGAACAGAUCUACACCAUCCGACAAUAGUACUACACAAGAAGUAGAAAACGGCUGGAGAGGAGAAUCUUUGUUGCGUCUUGAGCGCAGUAAGUCCGAUCGUCACGCUCCUUAUCAACGUAAACCCACUGUUCUACGACCGGCAACGCGAACGUCUAGGAACGUGCCCCAAGUUCGUGUUUCAAACGGUUUUCCUCUAAUCCUCUCGCACACCAACCACUAG